GACGCGGAAUAGAAUAGGAUAAAAGCCUCAUAUUGCUGCGUCCAAAAGCUUCUCCAAAUCUGGCUUGCCCCCAAUUUUCUCCCACUUUUUCUCAGCGAUAUCGGCGUCUCGAGAUCUGCAACUCGAGCGCUCAAUCUAGGAUUCUAACCCUAAUUUCGUUCGAGUCCCAGUGCUUUACCCAAACGAUCUCUCCGGGCAUCAGUUUUGAUGUAGUUUCGAUGCUUUUUCUUGGAAAAUUUCUCCGUGAUAUGAUCUCCGAUCUGAUUUAAGUUUUGAGGGACUGGUGUUUGAUUUGAGAUCUGAAUCUUGGGAGGGAUGGAAGUGGUGGCGAAGCUGAAGCGGGAGGUCUCGAGGCAGUUCUCGGGCCGGUCGCUGGGGAAGAGCGGGAGGUUCAGCCUCCGGCGGCAGGCGUCGCUGGAUCCGAGGCUGGGAAAUGCGAGCCGGUUCGCCUUCGGGCGGCAGUCGUCGCUUGACCCCAACCGCCGGAGCCCGGCGAAGGAGCUCACGGUGCCGGAGAAUCUGGACUUCACCAUGCAGCUCCUCUUCAUGGCCUGCCGAGGCGACGCGAAGGGGCUUGAAAACCUCCUUAAGGAGGGGGUUGAUGUCAACAGCAUAGAUUUGGAUGGGCGGACUGCGCUCCAUAUUGGGGCUUGCGAGGGGCACGUUGAUGUUGUCAGGCUCUUGCUCAGCUGGAAGGCCAAUAUCGAUGCCCGCGAUCGGUGGGGAAGCACGCCGGUUUUAGAUGCGAAGCACUAUGGCAAUGUCGAGGUCUUUAAUCUCUUAAGAGCUAGAGGAGCCAAAGUUCCGAAAACCAGGAAGACUCCCAUGACUGUGUCACAUCCCCAAGAUGUUCCGGAGUAUGAGCUGAACCCAUUUGAGCUUGAGUUUCGGAGAGGCGACGAGCUUUUAGAGGGCACGCAUCAAGUAGCUAAAUGGAAUGGAACAAAGGUUUCCGUGAAGAUACUUGGCAAGGAAAGCUAUUCAAAUCCGGAUAACAUAAAUGCUUUCAAGCAUGAGUUGACUCUAUUACAGAAGGUUCGGCAUCCAAAUGUGGUUCAGUUUGUUGGAGCUGUAACCCAAAAUAUACCUAUGAUGACUGUUUCGGAGUACCAUCCAUUUGGUGAUCUAGGAAGUCAUCUUCAAAAGAAGGGACGUCUAAAGAUCCAUAAAGCACUUAGAUAUGCCCUUGAUAUUGCCAGGGGCAUAAAUUAUCUUCAUGAGUGCAAACCAGACCCAAUUAUCCAUUGUGAUUUAAAGCCAAAAAAUAUUUUGCUGGAUAAUGGUGGCCGAUUGAAGGUGGAGGGAUUUGGCUUGAUUGAGAUAGUAAGAGUAUUGCCAGAUAAAUUUAAAUUAACACAUCCGGUGGCUCGUAUUGACAGUUUGUAUAUGGCACCUGAAGUUUACAAGAAUGAACUAUUCGAUAGAGAUGUUGAUGCAUUUUCUUUCGGUCUAAUUCUUUAUGAGAUGAUCGAAGGAGCACCAGCUUUCCACCCCAAGGCUCCUGAAGAUGCUGCUAAAAUGAUUUGCUUGGAAGGAAUGAGACCACCAUUUAAGAACAAGUCUAAAAAUUGUCCUCCUGGUCUAAAGGAGUUGAUUGAAGAGUGUUGGCAUCCACAGCCCACGGUCAGGCCAACAUUCUCAGAGAUAAUUCUGCGACUGGACAAACUAUAUGCUAACUGUGCCAAGAAGAAUGGAUGGAAAGACAACUUUAAGCUUCCUUGGAAAUAAUGUGGAGACAAGUGGGCUCUCAUUAAAUAGUCCCUGAUAUUGGUGUGUAAUUAUUAGGAAAUAAAUGCUUUCAUCUAUGAACGCUCAAAUAAUAGACAGAUGGCUUUCUGGUUAAGAAACAAGAACAAUUCCUUUUUUAUAUAAUUGAAUUGUGUAUAAGCAAACCGCUAUACUAUAAUUCCGGUCCUUUUCUGUUUUAACAACUUCCUGUUGCAAAUGAACUAUUGAUUUCCUUUUGUCU